AUGGAAGAUCAGACUGGGAGAUGGAUAGAUAAUCAGGAGGGGGUUGUUGCUGCAUUUCUGAACUUUUAUCAGUCUCUUUUGGGAACUUAUUUUCCUAAUAGAUCUAGAAUUCAUAAGCGGCUGGUGCAAGAAGGGCCUUUGGUUUCUCAAUCCCAGGCAGAUUGGUUGGUGCGAGAUUAUUCUCAAGAAGAGGUGAAAGAUGCUUUCUACUCUAUCCCUGAUGAUAAAGCUUCGGGGCCGGACGGAUACAGGGGCUGGUUUGACAGAAGCUAUUUUAUCAUUCUUGAACUCUGGAAGAUUGUUGAAGCAGAUAAAUGCUACUACUGUGACUUUGAUUCUGAAAGUGCUAAAAUGAUUUGUAAGAGGUUAAGAGAGGUUCUUCCUGACAUCAUUUCAGAAAAUCAAAGUGGUUUUGUUAAAGGUCGUCGCAUUGCUCAUAAUAUUAUGCUUUGUCAAGACAUGGUUCGGGGCUAUGACAGAAGAAAUGCAAAAUCUGCUUGUUUGUUCAAAAUCGAUCUCCAAAAAGCAUAUGAUUCUCUAGACUGGGAUUUUCUUAGAGAAAUGCUUGAAGCUUUAAAGUUUCCUCAGAAAUUUGUUGAUCUUAUUAUGGAUUGUGUUGCCACUCCUCGAUUUUAUUUUUUCAUUAAUGACGCUCUUCAUGGAUACAUUCAAGCUCAUAGAGGUUUACGUCAAGGUGACCCUAUUUCACCUCUCCUUUUUGUGAUUGGCAUGGAGUACUUGUCUAGAAUCUUGUCCAAGGUGGCUAAGGAGGCUGACUUUAAGUUUCACCCUAGAUGCAAGAGUAUACAACUCACUCAUCUUUGUUUUGCGGAUGACCUCCUUUUGUUCUGUAAAGGAGAUUACAAAGCAGCCACCUUGUUGCUAAGGGGUUUUAAGCUAUUUUCUAAUACGUCUGGGCUCCAAGCGAAUAUCAGUAAAUCUUCGGUUUAUAGGCCAGGUAUGGAUACUAACUCUAUUGAUAGGCUUGUGGAUUUAUCUGGUUUUCCGAAAUGUAGUUUGCCUUUUAAGUAUCUUGGUAUGACAAUAUGUGCCAAAAGAAUAUCUAAAUCUGAUUGUGUUUGUUUGGUGGAGAAGAUGGUUAGUAGGAUUCGGGUUUGGAGUAGUAGAAAUCUUUCUUAUGCGGGUAGAAUUGUCUUAAUUAAUUCAGUUCUCCUUACUAUUAAUUCCUACUGGUCUCAAUUGGUAAUCUUACCAAAAUCAGUUUUGCACAGUAUUGUCCAAGUGUGUAGAGCAUUUCUUUGGAAAGGUGUUGACAGGAUUAGUGGCCCGGGCUAUGUUUCUUGGUAUGAUGUUUGUUGCUCUAAAUCAGAGGGUGGUUUGGGUUUUAAAGACAUUGAGUUAUGGAAUUUUUGUGCCAUGGGUAAACAUGUUUGGGACAUUGCUUCUAAGAAGGACAAUUUAUGGGUGAAGUGGGUAAACUCUAUCUAUAUCAAGCAAGGUGUUUGGUGGGAUCAUGAAGCUCCUAUUGAUGCUAGCUGGUAUUGGAAGAGGAUAGUGCAAGUGAAAAAUAAACUUAAAGCUGUGUACUCAUUCAAUGAAUUUCAGAGUUUCAAUUUUACUAUAGCAGGGCUGGUUUCUAAAUUGCAUUUGAUUGCUGGCAGAUGGAAGUUUAAUAUGAUUUGGGAUAGAUUUUCUAUUCCUAAACAUAGAUUUAUCAUUUGGCUUGCUCUUCUUGAAAGAUUACCAACACUUGACAGGAUUCAGAGAUUCAAAUCGCUUCAGAGUAUAAAUUGUGUGCUGUGUGGGAAUUUUGCUAAAUGCCAUGCUCAUUUGUUUUUCUCCUGUAGUGUGAGUGCAAAAAUUCUGGUUGAAAUUCUUCAGUGGAGUGAUCUUCCUUACCAUGGUCAUGACCUCAAGAACCUUUUGAAGUGGAUUGGAAAAAAGAAGCUCUCGCAAGGCAGAAGGAAGAUAGUUUACAAUAUUGUUUCAACUGUGGUCUACUUCAUUUGGCACAGUAGGAAUAGUAUGGUUUGGGACCAAAAGUUUGUCUCUAUUGAUGUUAUUGUUAGAAAUAUAAUUCAUUGUGUGAGUAAGAGACUUCAGAAUAUGAGUUUAAGUAAGCUCAAUAGGGUAGAUCUUAUAUGGGUGGAUACUCUGUUAAGAGUUUAUGGUGGAAACAGAGAAGUGGACGACUGGAGGAGUGGUUGCAAGAAUGAUCUCACGAAGUCAAAAAGGCCAAGGUUAGAUAGGAUUGCAUCGAACUUGCAUUCGAGGUUAUAUGAGGUUGCAUGCGUUGCACUGGGCUUGCGUUUAAGGUUGCAUGGGCUUGUAUCUGAGGUUGCAGCGGGUUCCAUUGAGCUUGAAUUUGAGGUUGCAAUUGCAAUAGAUUACAUUGGGCUUGCAUCUGAGGUUGGAGUGAAUUACAUGAGUAACAUAAGGAUGAAAUUUGCAAAUGAGUAUUUUAAAAUUGCUUUAGCUAACAUUUGA